AUGACUAUAGUUGUCUACAAUUUCUUUCUCAAAGCCAAUAUAUUCCUAUUCAAAAUAGAUAAACUGAAAACUCUCAUUGAAGAAAUUGAGAGCUCUGGUGAUGUGAUGACUGAAAGAAGCAAAAAAUUAAUGAGUGCACCUGUUUUUAUAAUAACUGGAUUAUCUUUGAUACUUGUUGGAUCUUUUAGUGUACAUGCCAUAUUUAAAGGAGAGAUGACAAUAGAAGCUUGGAUGCCGUUUGAUCCUUUGAAAGAUCGAAUGAGUUUAAUUCUGUCUGCACAGAUUUUGGCUAUAUUAAUCUCGCCAGGAUUGUUCAGAGCAUUUGCAAUGCAAGGGAUAUUGUGCAGUAUGGUAAUAUACUUAUGCGACCAGUUGAUUUUGCUACAGGUAGCAAUAAGGAACUUGAAGUACACAAAAGAUACUCAGAUGGAAAUAAGAAAGAAGCUCAAAGAUGUCAUUAAGAAGCAUAUUCGCUUAAUGAGUUACUCAAGAUCAAUGGCAACUAUAUUUAAGGAAUAUUUUCUUGUUCAAAACUUGGCGGUGACUUUGGAACUAUGCCUGAACGCUGUUAUGGUCACAGUCGUAAGAGAUGUUACUAUUUUGAGUUUCCUGGCAUAUUUGGGCUUAGCAUUGAUUAAUGCAUAUAUAUAUUGCUACCUGGGCAAUGAACUCAUAUUACAAAGCCGAGGCAUUGUCUUGGCAGCUUAUGAAGCACCAUGGACAUACUGGCCGAUUGAUAUGCAGAAAGAUUUGCUACUUCUGAUAACAGCGGCUCAGAAGCCAAUGGCGCUAAGCGCCGGGGGAGUAGCUUUAGUGUCACUACAGACAUUUGGUAAGACUCUUUAUGACGGAUAUUCAAUCUUCGCCGUCCUUAACGACAUGGUCGAUUAA